AAAAAAACCGGUCCGUCCCUUACUUUGAUCCCAACCAGAAACCUAUCACUAGUGAUGGGCUCCUGUUCCAACGCAGAGAGGAGACUGGGCGCUUGUGGGGUGGUUACCGCAGAGUGACAUAUUUGUAACAGGAGCUACUGAGCGUGACAUUUGUGCUAAGCUUCAGUGCUCUCAGAAAAUGACGUAAAUCUACAUUUCAACACAAUUAGCCCUUCGUGCGAUAUAAGUGUACACGCAAAUUUAAGUAGACAGGAGCAACAAGAAAACAUUGGCGACAGAGGUAUUACAAAAAUGGCCGGGAGAUUCCUUUUGUUAGCGAAUGCUGUACUCGUUGGUUUUUAUCUACAAGAAUCCAAGCAAUCGAACGUCUAUCGCUUCGGAACAAAAACAGCUUACCACUUCGACAACACUUCAGUUUCCUCGCUAAAAUACCCCGAACAUUGUCAACCAGUUCAUCUCAACAUGGUAAUACGCCACGGAUCACGGUAUCCAAGCGAUGGCGACAGAGAAGAAAUGGACGAUCUUCUGAACAAACUGAACGAAAUCUACACCGUAAGCUCGCCAUUUCGUUUCAAGAACCUGACACUACCGUGGAACAAACCACGCGAGUGGAAUGACGCUGAGCCAAGCGAAUUAUCAUCUGUUGGAGAGAACGAACAAUAUAACAUAGCCAAGAGAUUUCGAUCUCGUUUUCCUGAAGUGUUUGUGAAGGAGUACUGGAACAAAUACUACAAAUUUGAGUCAGCGGACAAGCUUCGCACCGCACAAAGUGCCAUGUCGUUCGCGUACGGACUCUUUGAAGCUCGAGGACCCGUGACCCCAUCAAAAUUUCAACCUGUUGCUAUUACAUUUUCCGGCCGUGAAAAUGAUAGAUUGUUGUCUUCUUACAAAUGGUGUCCCCGAUAUGAGAUUGAUGUUGAAGAACAUGGUGUUGCAGAGGUAGAGAGGUUCGUCCAAGGCCCGGAGAUAAAGAACCUAACAAAGCAACUAGAGAAACGACUUCAGAUAACCGGAAAGCUGUCACUGACAUUUGACCUUGUGGAAAAGAUUUUUAGGCUUUGUGCAUUUGGUGUAAUGAAUCGCAGGGACAGCAGCUGGUGUUCUCUGCUAAACGAAGGCGACAUUAAGGUAUUGGAAUAUCAAGACGACUUGGAAAACUAUUACGAGCAUUCCUAUGGUAACAGUCUCAACCACAAGAUAGAAUGCACUCUUCUCUCAGAUAUCACCCAACAUUUGCGUGAUUUCUCCAUGGGAAAGAGUGCAUUUCGUGGCGUAUUUCGUUUCACUUCUUCCGGCACGUUAGUUUCUCUGUUGACAAUACUAGGGCUCUUCAGAGAUCCUGUUCCAUUACGGGCUGACAAUUACAUCCAGCAGAGUAAGCGACAAUUCAUGAUUUCUAACAUGGUGCCAAUGUCCGCCAACAUCGCUUUUGUUCUUUCCGCGUGCAACUCAACAGAAAAGGCGGGAAAAUUAGAGCACAAGCUACAGGUGUUGGUGAAUGAGAAACCCGUUGCUCUGUCGUGUUGUCAUGGAAACACAAACUGCGGUCUUGACGAGUUUCUGACCUGUUUUAAGAAGACUGUGGAUGGCUGUGAUUUUGACGCGAUGUGCUCCUUGCCUCCUACCGGUAAUCCCAGGGCCUCGGCCUCGACCUCGAGUCCUCUUCAUGUUUUUAUGUCAUUGUCACUUAUUUUAGCGCUGAUUUUUUAAGAUUUCAUGACGGUAGCCGGGAGCCCAUAAAAUCAACGCGAGGAUUUUGCCAUACGAGUGAGAAAUAUUUUGUAUUUUUUUUUUUAUAUAUACCUAUUAACUCAUCCAAGAUUCACGGACAGGACAUAUAGACAGGAUAACAAAUCUGUAAAUGGAAAUACAGUCGAAUCUCUUUUUAACCGCCACCUCUCUACAACGGCCAAUUUUUUAUGUUGUUCCAGAGGACGGUCCAUACAUUCAAUUUUAUUUUAAUCUCUUUACAACAGCCACCUCUCCAAAACGGCAACGGACGGCGUAUACAACCCCGUUCUUUUAUAGUUAACCUUAUCCGUACCGCACGUAAUUGGUCUCUGUUUCUGUUUGGUUUCUGUUUUAUUGAUAUAUUUUGAUAGUGUUACCUAUUUAUAUGUUACAAUAAACAUUUUUCUACACAAUAAAAAAUGUUUUCCCCUUUUAAAACAGGUGUCAUAUUACACCCCUA